UAAUGACGGCAGCCCGUCGGCGUGCGGGCGAAUGAGUUCGUUCGGCCUUCCCUCAACACAAGGCAGCGGCUCAUGAUUCAUUCAGCCAAACACAGACAGCAGAAGACGGGCUAGACAACGGACACUCAACCGAGCCGGGGAAUCAAGAGGCUGGGGGUCCAAACUCAGAGGAGCAAGUGUCCCACUGAAAGGCGGAACUAGCUAGCUUGUCAUGGCGGAUGUUGGGGAGGUUUUGAUGUCGGUUUUGUCCACAAUUCGGGUUCCGAAGCCCGGGGACCGUGUCCACAAAGACGAAUGCGCCUUGUCAUUUUCCUCGCCGGAGAGUGAAGGUGGCCUGUAUGUGUGCAUGAACAGUUUCCUGGGCUUUGGUGGUCAGUAUGUGGACAGACACCAUGCUCGGAGUGGCCAGAGGGCUUACUUGCACAUCACCCGGACUCGCAAGGCUAAGAAGGAAGAAGAUAAUAACUCUGGAUCUGGACACCCACCUAAGAAAAAGCCCACCAGACUGGCUAUAGGGAUUGAAGGUGGUUUUGAUGUGGAGCAGGAGCUGUAUGAGGAGGAUGUAAAGGUGGUAAUUUUACCUGACAGGCAGGAGGUGACAUCAGAGGACCUUGCCACCAUGCCUGACGUUGUGAGAGAGAGGGUGUCCCUGUCAAUGGCAGGUAUCAUGGCAGCCGACUCAGUGUCUCACACCUUACAAGUUCAACAAUGGGAUGGAGAGGUGAGACAGGAGUCAAGGCAUGCCGCUGAUCUUAAACAGCUCGACAACGGAGUCAAGAUCCCUCCCAGUGGCUGGCGGUGUGAGGUGUGUGACCUCCAAGAGAAUAUUUGGAUGAACCUGACGGACGGAAAAGUGCUGUGUGGUCGCAGGUAUUUUGAUGGCUCCGGUGGAAACAACCACGCCCUUCUCCACUUCCAGGAGACAGGAUACCCACUCGCUGUCAAACUUGGUACCAUUACUCCCGAUGGAGCAGAUGUGUACUCCUAUGAUGAGGAUGACAUGGUGCUAGAUGCCAAGUUACCAGAGCACCUAUCCCACUUUGGCAUCGACAUGAUGACCAUGGAGAAGACUGAACGGACGAUGACAGAGCUGGAGAUUGCUGUGAACCAGCGUGUGGGGGAGUGGGAAGUGAUCCAGGAGUCGGGGACCACCCUACGACCCAUGUUUGGCCCUGGUUUGACGGGCAUGAAGAACCUGGGGAACAGCUGCUACCUCAACUCUGUCAUGCAAGUGCUCUUCACCGUUCCAGACUUCCAGAGCAAGUAUGUGUCUAACAUUGACAAAAUCAUUCAUGAUGCCCCAAGUGACCCCACCCAGGACUUCAAAACCCAAGUAGCCAAGCUCGGGUACGGUCUGUUGUCAGGAGAGUAUUCCAAACCAGCACCAGACCCUGGAGAUGAAAAUGGUGCAUCUGAACCCAGGGUAAGAAGAAACAAUCAGUCACAGUGGAUUUACAAGUCUUACAUAUUGCAGAUAUUCACAGCACAUACUGUUCAUGCUUGUCUGCAGGGGGACCAAAUCGGAAUAGCACCACAAAUGUUCAAAGCACUUGUUGGGCGGGGCCACCCGGAGUUCUCCACCAAUCGACAACAGGAUGCUCAGGAGUUUUUAUUGCACUUCAUAAACAUGGUGGAGAGGAACUGUCGCUCUGGGUCCAACCCAUCUGAAGCUUUCAGGUUCCUCGUGGAGGAGAGGAUUGUGUGUCAACAAUCACAGAAAGCCAAGUACACACAGCGGGUGGAUUAUAUCGUGCAGCUGCCUGUGCCGAUGGACCAGGCUACCAACACAGAAGAGCUUCAGGAGGCAGAACGCCGGCGUGAGGAGGGGGACACAUCAGCUCCUACAGUGCGUGCACAGAUCCCCUUCACAGCUUGCAUGGCAGCCCUCAGUGAACCAGAGAUCCUCACAGACUUCUGGAGCUCAGCUGUGCAAACCAAGACUACUGCUACCAAAACGACCCGCUUUGCCUCUUUCCCCGACCACCUGGUUAUCCAGAUUAAGAAGUUCACCUUUGGCCUUGACUGGGUCCCUAAGAAAUUGGACGUGAGCAUCGACGUUCCUGACACUUUGGACUUGAGCGCGCUGCGUGCUACCGGCCAGCAGCCAGGGGAGGAGCUUCUACCAGAGGUGGCCCCGCCCCCACUCAUGACCCCAGACGUGGAGGUUAAAGGUAUCCUGGGUUCCCAUUUCAACGAGGAGGACGACUCGCUCUACUCCCCACUGCUGUCUCCAGUCCUCGAUGACUCCACUGUGUCCCAGUUAUGUGAAAUGGGAUUCCCACUGGAGGCCUGCAGGAAAGCGGUCUACUACACUGGGAACACUGGAAUCGAUGCUGCCAUGAACUGGAUCAUGAGCCAUAUGGAUGACCCAGACUUCUCGGCCCCCCUGGUGUUGCCCGGCUGCAGUUCUGGCGCUGGGACCACACCUACUGAGAGCCUCUCUGAGGAGCACCUGGCAACCAUUGUAUCCAUGGGCUUCAGCCGAGACCAGGCAACCAAAGCACUGCGAGCCACGAGUAAUGUUCUGGACCGGGCGGUAGACUGGAUCUUCUCCCACCUGGAUGACCUGGAGUCCAUGGAUGUCUCUGAAGGUGGUCGCUCAGCCGCAGAGAGCGAAGGCGGCAGAGAUCCUCCUCCUGGGCCUCGUGUCAGAGACGGACCAGGAAAGUACGAACUCUUCGCGUUUAUCAGUCACAUGGGGACAAGCACAAUGUGCGGCCACUACGUCAGUCACAUCAAGAAGGAUCAGCAGUGGGUCAUCUUCAACGAUCAGAAGGUUUGUGCUUCUGAGAAACCUCCCAAAGACCUGGGAUACCUCUACUUCUAUCGGAGAGUGGCUGAAUGAGAUGGAAGGAACAUUACACUUGGGGUGAAGGAGGAGAAAUGUGGACGCUAACAAAAAACACACCUUCAUAGUCACACCCCACUAAACUCUUACAAAUGCCCUGGCACGCUUCCCUGCUGACAAAAGUGUAAAUAAAUCUCUCAGACUGCAUAUAUACACAGUUGAUUAAGUUGGUGCAGAUGUACAGAUAUGGUGUUGGGGGCGGGGGGAUUUUUCUUUUGAUCCAUUGAUUACACACCAUAGGCCUGUUCAGAAAGGCAGAGUCUAUCACCUGGACAGCUGACAUAUGAAACCUGUUAAAACAACUUUCCCUAGUUUUACUGUCCAGAUAAUUUAGAAACUGCAUCAUGGAACAGGCCACAAGUUGAGUCUAUUCACUCCUUAUUAAUGAGUAUGCUUUAACUUCCACUGUUAAUCUGUGUCCUGGCUAUUGAUUUACACUGCCAUCAGUAGUCACUGCCCCUCCCUAUCAAAACAUGACGCUUCCAGCCUCCUUGUCUUUAAUUGGACGGUUGCAGCUUGGUGUCACCCGGUAAGCCCGGUGCUAACUCCUUCUCCUCCUCUACCCUUUUCAGUAAAAACAGUUUCAACAUCCACAAUGAGAGGAAAUUGUCAGAAAAUCAAAUAAAAUAACAGCUCAAAUGUGUGUUGCAAAAAGGAAAUACAAAAAAAGAAGUCAAAACACCAAAUCAACAUGUAUUUUUUUCUUUAACAUUUGGUGAGGGUGAUAUCUGGAUGAUUUUUGUUUUAUUUUUUGUUUUUAUUUUGCAAACAAAUCCUUUGUUACUUCUGCUGUGACAAAUAAAGAAUUGUCUUUCUGUCA